AAAUAAGCAACGUCUGUUGACUCCUCCUCUUCCUGCUCUUUCUCCUCCAAUAGGAGAAGAUUCAGAGCUGGCAAGCCUCUCUGGCUGGAUCCGUCCCUCAGAGCGGCGCCCAGGGCGUCGUCAGUCUGCAGCCAGAAGACUUCAUCGUCAACGUCAUCAAUAUGGACUAUGGGAUGAAGGAGAAGAACCCCAUCAACAAUGUGCGUUUCUACUGCAAGGACGACCCAAACAAAGCCAUCCAGAUACGCAAGAACCAGGUGUCUAAACUUCUCCCGGAGCAGUUUGCUGAGCAGCUGAUCAGAGUCUACUGCAAGAAGACCGAUGACCGGAGUCUGGAGGCCGCCAAGAAGCACUUUGUCCAGUGGUGCAUGAACAAGAACUUCUCAAAGCCUCAGGACGGAGACAUAAUAGCGCCCGAGCUGACUCCUCUGAAAGACGGCUGGUCGAACAGAGACGAGGAUGACGAAGGAAGGGAAGUGAAGCGUGCUCUUGUUAACGGACAGAAGACAGCCAAAACUAAGCUUUUUUAACAGCUAAGUAAGAGAAACACAUUUUGGUAGAGGAGGCGGUGUUGAGUGAAAAUCAUAUUUUUCUACGAGCUGUUGGUGAGCACAGCAAAGAUGAGAGUAUUUUUGCACCAAAAAGAAAAUAAAGAAAGCUGCACAGUGCUUUCUUCAGGGUUGUUACACUCGUUCAUAUUACACACAAAUGUUUAGUUUUAGUUCUAUCAUUUUAAAUCUGUUUUUACUUUAGACCUCCUCUUCCACUUGAAGUGCUCUCCAACAAGCGAUCAUGUGUGUGUGUGUGUGUGUGUGUGUGUGUGAGGUGAGCAAUGCAAUGAGUGAUGCUCUGAACAGCUUUUCUUUUAUUCAGCUUUGAGGGGUUUGUUGUUGUCGUAACUUUUACAGUAAGUAUAAAACUCUACCGUCAAAUGUUUCUGUCAACAAACAGUUUCUGACAAUUCAUCUAUUUAUUUUUCAGAGGUGUGUAAUGUUGUUUACUUAUUUAUUGUUCUGAUAGUGAGUAGCUCAACUUUAACAUCUGUACAGCAUAUUAAAUGGUAUUUUUUUAAAUACCAUUUUAAAUGUUUUCCUCUUACCAAAGUAUGAUGUCAUCCAACAUGUCUCAUAAAAAACUAUAUAUUUUUGAAAGAGUGCAAAGUGAAACUUACCGAGAGGUGUGGGGAGAUCCUUCAUGUCGUAUUCCCACUGAAGGAGGUUGACAAUAAAACUCUUCCCUCUCAGUUGUGUCCUCAUGUGAGUAUCCUUGUUGAACACUAGAGGGCGCCGUGCUCUCAGUUUAGUCAGCUUUUUAUUAUCCGGUAACUUCACGAUCACAUCCCCUGCUUUAUGGUCUGUUUGACUCUAAAUGAACCAUAAGUUACUAAAUGACCAU